AUGUUGGACAAAGUGAGGCGAGUGGUUCUAACGCCCAAUAUUGCUGCGCUCCUCGAGGAUUCCAUGCUGUAUCGUUGGAUAUAUACUGAGCACACACCAUCAGGGCAUUCGGCCCAGUCCUCCUCCAAGACAGCACUUGCGAUAGUCCCCUCUGGUAAGAUUAAUAACUCAGCCCUGGCCCCAGACAUCGGUUAUCGGAUCUUUACUGGGUUGACAAUGGGAUUUUUGUCAGUGAACGAGGGCGGGAUCAUCAGAGGGAUUGAACCCAUACUUCGACAGGGCAUUGACAGGAUCGAUUGGCGCAUUGGCGAACUCGAGCAAGUGGCUGCGCACUUGGCGGUGGGUCUGAGAGGGGAUGUCCAGAAGAUCGCAAACACUAUCGAGAUGUCUGCCAACGGCGCCUUAGUAAUGCUUACCGUGUGGCUCGCGGUACACAUUUACUACAAGAUGAAAAGAGAGGGCAGAGAGAGGGAGUAUCAUGCUGAGCGUUUAAGGGCUUUGAGGGGUUUGCGGAGUGCCGCCGGAGAGGCGACGCCGGGAGACCUGGUUUCUGUGUCAGCACACCCGGAGGGGCUAGUGGAUGAGUUGUCACAGGCGAGCGCAAAGUGUGAAGAUUGCCCGCCAGAUGGAUGGGAGGAAGAUUGGGGCAAGGGCGUGCCGCCGACUGUCUUGGUGGUUGACAUGCCUUCGAAUCAGCACAGCCUUUUCUCGCGAAGAACGACAGUGCCUCGUUACAAUGUUUCUGUGAUAUACGAGAAAAUGCGAUGGGUUUGUGCCUUGCUUUCAGAUCGGAGAGACCGCGAUGAUAUUCACGCGAUGUACUACAUUGACCUUCGCGAUGGCUCCGUUUCCCAAGGGAUUAAUCUCGAUAGCGCCGUUGACGCGUCGACUGGAACCCGGACCAACCUUACCCGGUCGCAACGGUUUUCGAUGCCUGAUCCGUCCGUCGAGUGGGACCCUAACACCGCACCUGCAUGGUGCUGUGCAGCAAUAGGACGCAAGGUGCUUCACAGGUACGGGCUCGUAACUACUGGUGCACACCAUGGAUGGAAGACCUACGCGCUCAUCGUGGGUAUGCAAGCGCUGCGGACUGUGGACGAGUCAUACUUAUCCGAUGCGCCGCCGAGCUACUGCCACUCUCACUUCGCGCAGGAAGAAUCCCAAAUCUCUACUUUAUUACUCACGACGAUCCCUCCCCGACCGCCAUCAGAAAGUCGCUCGUUUGAAUUCCACGCAACCCAACAAGAGAUAACCUCGCUGAGUUACUCCGACAGUGUGGAUCGUUUGUCCCAUAUCCUUAAGAUCACUGCGCAGCACGACGUCCUCUUACUUCCGGUUGUCGAAUAUGCUGUGGAAAGGAAAUGGCUGGGCAUGUUGCUACUGUGCACGGAUAGGUGUGACACUAUCGCUGCUCGUUUGAAGUUCACAAUCGGUCGGAUCGUCCACCGUAUUAUAUUUAACCAGCUGCGGUAG